AUGUCGUCACAAAUAAAUACUGGAUUCCUCCAAACCCUCGAAACGAUAAAUGACAAACAAGUCAUCAUUAGAGAUAAGAUAUAUGGUGAACACACCAUAACAGAACCUGUGCUCAGCCACCUCCUCCAAAGCCCAGAGCUACUACGGCUUAGCGGUGUUUGUCAACACGGAAUAACUGCACUCCUUGGCUUUGGCCCCCGGGUGACCCGCUACGAACACUCAGUAGGUGCCUUUCUACUAGUUCGAAAAGUGGGCGCUAGUGUUGAAGAACAAAUUGCCGCUCUACUACACGACAUAAGUCACACCAGCCUAAGCCAUGUAGUCGACUAUGCGCUUUCAAAGCCCGGAGAAGGAAGCUACCAUGAAUUCCAUAAAGCGCGCUACCUGAAAACAAGCCAACUGCCUCAAAUCCUCACGCAGUAUGGCUUUGGCGAUCUCAAAGCACUCGACGAAGAACUAUUCCCGCUGGUGGAAAUGCCGGCUCCCCAACUUUGCGCCGAUCGGCUUGACUAUUCGCUUCGUGACGCUGUCGUAUUCAACAAGCUUUCUCUCGAGGAGGUACAGAGAGUCUACGAAACUCUCAAGGCAGCACCAUCGCCCGAUGCACCGAAUCGUUUACUUGUUCUUGAUGAUCCACAGCUUGCGUUGGCUUAUGCCCGGGCAUAUCUGGCGACAGAUCAAGACGUCUGGUCUAAUCGAGCUCAUGCGAAUCUCUAUCUAAGAACUGGUAGUAUAAUUCGCGAACUAGUCGAAAGUGGCCGUGUCAAAGAGGAGGUACUUUGGAUUCUUUCAGAUGAUGAUUUCUGGGCAUUGCUGCGGGAGAAAGCGACUCCUGAUAUUUUGCGUGAACUGGAAAGACUUGAGACAGAAAGUUUGCCCGAUGAGAAACAACUGCGACUUCCGCGGGGGACGAAAAUUCGGACUAUUGAUCCGGAAAUUUGUCUAGUAGGAUCAUCGCAAGACAAGCCUCUUCCGUUGUCGGUUGUUCUUCCGGAGUGGGGGUUAGAGCGUCAACAGUAUAUCGAUAGUCGAGAGUCGACGCGUGAAUAG